AUGCAGGUCGACCGUAUCCCCACCAAGACCCGCCGCCUGUUCACGGAUCUUCCCCCAGAGAUCCGUGUUUUGGUCUACCGUUACCUCAUCCCCAACACUGACGCAGAGACGGCGCAUCGACUAGACCGGGAACCAUGCGCACCAGCCAUGCUGCGGACCAACUCCAUGAUUUAUCGGGAACUGCUGCAGGAGUGGUACAGCGCCAUUCCUUAUUCACUAUCCAUCGCCACCCCCGCCGACAUCUGUUUCACGCAUCAGCAAUUUUCUCCAGAUAAUCCACUCCCGUCCACGCUGCUGCAGGUGUCUACUCUCCAUUUGUACAUUAAUAUUGUCCGGAGCCCUCAGAGUAAAACCCCCAGGCUCCUAUCGGAAGGAGUGAAGGAGGAGUCAGACAAGUAUCGCGACCGAGUCGAGGCAGUCGCGCAGUUCCUUGCUCGCCCGGAUUGUAGGCUGAAACGUCUUCGGCUGGUGGCUAUCUUCAAUCGUCUAGCAUAUAACACAUUGCGGGGGAGUCCAGAGAACCUGCACAAGGCGCUGGAUUUCACCCUCUCGCCCCUGCGAGCGAGGAGGCUACCCCUGGGAUCACAGAUCUGGGGUAUAAUCAUCUGUUACACGUUCCCGGGGAGGAGGAGCGGCUGCGGCGCAUUGCAUCGGAUUACCUUCAGGGGUUAA